AUGUUGAAGCUGACUCAAUCUAACCUUGGCCGCGGUUUCGCAGUUGCCGCCUUUGUUGUUGUGGCGCAUGAUUGGGCACUUACAUUCAUACUAGAGGUCGAAUUGGUCUGGAGGCAGCGCUGGUCCCUAAUGACAGUUCUGUAUCUCGGUGUGCGCUACCUUGGAAUCUUAUAUGCUGCCCUGGUCAUGCUUCUCGGUGUUUCGACCAUCUCGCUGACAGAUGCAGUGAGAGUGGGUGUGGUUCUUUAUCAGUUUCUUGGUUCAUUAAUGACUCCCACGCUAUACUUUCACAGAUGCUGGAUUUUGUACAUCGUAUGGAAUUGGACGGGUGUUGUGGUACUUUCGAUGUUGUGGGUCAUCAUCAUCACUCGGUUAUAUGCCAUGUAUCAACGGUCCAGAAAGAUCUUGAUAUUUCUCACUGUCACCUUCCUGGCUGUCAAUAUUGUCAACGGAGUGGCAGCCGUAAUAGCAACGAUGCAUUCUUCAGGGGAGGAACUCAUUCUAUCUGGCACCUAUCAGUGUUCAGUCAGCGUUGCGGAACACAGCCUGAUUCUGACUUCUGUUGCUUGGAUACUAUCCAUUGUGUGGGAGGUCCUCGCGAUGUGUCUCGCAGUCUGGAUUGCUGUAAAGCACUUCCGUGAACUGCGACAACAUUCAACAGGAGGGAUUAUGGAGGACUGUUUCGCGGUGUUGAUGAAAACUCAUGUGUUCUACUUUGCGAGCUUUGUUGCUGUUUCUUGCUUCGAUAUCGUUAUCGAUUUAUCUCCAACAGCCUUGACAACGGACCGAUUUUCCCUAGAAAGUCAGACUUUUUUAGGCUUGCUUCAGAUUUUCGAGGUCGCGCAGAUGUUUGUGCUGGGACCACGCCUGAUCCUUAGCGUUCGAGAAUUUAACGCUAAACUCGUGGCCGACUCUGACGCAGCAACCCACAUGACCUCAAUCGCUUUCCAAGAGCGUGUGCAUGUAUCGACUGGUAGUAGUGUGUAA